UUAGAUAUUUUUUUUUAGAGACGUGGUAUGUAGGACACAUGAAGAAAACGACCCGCACAAAUAGGGUUCAUGAUGCUGGUUUUGGUGUUUUUUUAUGACCAGCAAAUGUUUGUGAUGAGUACCCGGGUGUUCUAAAAACACAUGGAAAUAGGUCAAGUAAAUCUCAUUCUAAAGAGGGAGAGUGAACGUCACUCUAGAAACAGGUUUUGGAUGUGUUUGUUUUAGCCUUGUAGAUCUGAAAUUGGAGCAUUUUGUUAAGCCCAAUCUUUGAUUUAGAAUUUGUUUCAAAGGGGCCACUAAGUUGUGGCCAAAAUGAAAACAAUGGUAAACCAUUGCAGGUUUUGUUACUUACUGAUCGUUAAAAUCUUGGUAGUGUUAUAACCAUCAGGAAAAUUAUAUUUCUAAAGAGCUGGUCAUUAGACGAGAGGAAGGAAUAAAGAGGAAGGAAUAAAGAAAUGGAGACAUGUUUCAACUGGUAAAAUAUUUUGUCAGUGUCCACCAACUUGAAUUGUCAGAAGAAUGGCGCAGGUAUUUUUUAAUGACUCAAAAAUGAUUUCCUAACUCGUUAGAAAAAAAAUGAUAGUAUUAAAUCUUUUCUUUUCAUGAUAUUGACCUGUUUAGAUAGUAUUAUGUAUUAGCUAUUUACUAGCAUGAAGCACCUGACAUGCUGUCAGUUGGAUAUUUCAGUGCUUUCUUUCCUCCCGUGCAGUAACAGUAGGUCCUGAACCUUUUCCAUUCUCUUGCCUGGCUUCUCAUUGUGCCUAAGGAACCUGAAUUUGCGAAACAACAGGCUGAAUUAAGAGCAAUCUCUCACAGGAUGAACCAGCCUUGAAGAGAAAAUACUACAAACUGGCUAAUGGAUGUGAAAAUGAUGUUUUAUUUUUGUGACCAGCAUCUGUGAGAUCUGUAAUAGAAAUGAUGGCUGGCUGUGGUGAAAUUGAUCACUCAGUAAACAUGCUUCCUACGAACAGGAAAGCGAAUGAAUCCUGUGCUAAUACUGCACCUUCUCUAACUGUCCCCGAAUGUGCCAUUUGUCUGCAAACAUGUGUUCACCCAGUCAGUCUGCCUUGUAAGCAUGUUUUCUGCUACCUAUGUGUAAAGGGAGCUUCAUGGCUUGGAAAGCGAUGUGCCCUCUGUCGACAAGAAAUUCCCGAGGAUUUCCUUGACAAGCCAACCUUAUUGUCACCAGAAGAACUCAAGGCAGCAAGUAGAGGAAAUGGUGAAUACGCAUGGUAUUAUGAAGGAAGAAACGGGUGGUGGCAGUAUGACGAACGCACGAGUAGGGAGCUGGAAGAUGCUUUUUCCAAAGGUAAAAAGAGCACUGAAAUGUUAAUUGCCGGGUUUCUGUAUGUUGCUGAUCUUGAAAAUAUGGUUCAAUAUAGGCGAAAUGAACAUGGACGUCGCAGGAAGAUGAAGCGGGACAUAAUAGAUAUACCAAAGAAGGGAGUAGCCGGACUUAGGCUGGACUGUGAUGCUAAUACCGUAAACCUAGCAAGAGAGAGCUCUGCCGAUGGAGCGGACAGUGUAUCGGCACAGAGUGGAGCUUCGGUUCAGCCUCUAGUGUCGUCGUCUGUGAGGCCCCUGACGUCGGUAGAUGGUCAGUUAACGAGCCCUGUGACACCAUCCCCUGAUGCAAGCACUUCUCUGGAAGACUCUUUUGCUCAUUUACAACUCGGUGGAGACAGCCUGGCUGAAAGGAGUCAUAGGGGGGAAGGAGAAGAAGAUCGUGAAUUACCGUCCUCAGGCAGGGUACCGGCACCAGACGCCUCCAUUGAAGAAACUGAAUCAGAUGCCAGUAGUGAUAGUGAGGAUGUGUCAGCGCUUGUUGCACAACACUCCUUGACCCAACAGAGACUUUUGGUUCCUAAUGCAAACCAGACAGUAUCUGAUCGAUCAGUAACUGAUGGAUCACUAGCAGGGGGUGGAACAGUGAGUGCCAGUGUCAGAUCUAGAAGGCCUGAUGGACAGUGCACAGUAACUGAAGUUUAAAUAAAAGUCUUCAGCUCCAUGCUCAAGGUUAAAAUGGUUAUCUGUAAAUUUCUGCCCACAUAACAUUAUACUCAUCCCUAGUAGUACAUUUUUGGGAGUUGGGGUGGGAAGGGGUAUAGGAAGGAUAGACCUAUAAUUAAAAUGUCCAGUCUAACAUGUCUCUGUUGAGAAAUUUAUUUAAGGAACUUGGGUGUUAAUAGUUGAAAGCUGUUUAGUAAUAACCCAGUUUUCUUGAAGUCUGUUUAUUUUAUAGUUUUAAAAAAUUCCGUUCUUUUGGCCGGCGUGUAUGUAUUAUCUGUGCAUUAAUGGUCCCAUCUGACUUUUGCAUUUUGUCUUACUUUCCUGCAUGGAUUGACAUAAAGCCAUUACUAAAAUUUGGCACCUAUGAGAUGUCGUAUCAGUUUUAACAGGAAGCUUAAUUAAUGUGAGAAUACAUGUGAAUUUGGGGUUUUAAAAUAGACAAAAACUAUUUAAUAGUAAAGUUACUGAAAUGGAAAUGUAAAGAAAACACCUAAUUUAUGUUUCAUAAUCUUGUCUGUAACAUAUUCAUGGCGUUCCCAUAGACUUUGCUGUCUAGUCCUUGUAGUUUGAAGUUUCUCUUGAUCGUUUUCUUUUUGGUUACAAAAUUUAUAAUUUAAUAAAUACUAGAAUUUAUCAAAAAUCAUUUGUCUCUUGCUUGAGUCUGGAAAGAGGAUGUUAACAUUUUGACAUUUGUAACCAAAGGUCUAUCAAAACGUGGUUUCAAUUACUGGUAUUCAGCUUAAAUGAGUCACCUGCUCAGAAAAGUCUGAUUUUUUUUUUU